GCCUGCCGAGCCGGCCGGUGGCGGGGAGAAAAGAGAGAAAAAAAGCACACGCUCGUCGACCUUGUUAUUGUCUGGACGUCGAAGGGGCUUCGCUCUUGAGACCUUGUAUCUUCUCUGCCGGUAUUUCAAACAGAAAGAUGUCGCAUUGGAGCAUGAUGCCAUUCCGUGAUUGGUGGGACGACAUGGACCGUUCGACCCGGCUCUUCGACCAGCACUUCGGCAUGGGGCUAUCGGAGGACGAGCUUGCCCCACCCACGAUCUACCAUCCAUUUUACAUCCGUCCCCGGCGACCGGCCUUCACCCGCCAGAGAUCCGGCAUGAGUGAGGUGGUGAACGACAAAGAGAAAUUCCAGGUGAGCCUGGACGUGCAGCAGUUCGCCCCAGGCGAGAUCACGGUGAAGACUGUGGACAAUGUGGUAGUGAUCGAGGGGAAGCACGAGGAGAAGAAAGACGAGCACGGUUUCAUCUCCCGUCAAUUCCUGCGCAAGUACAUGCUUCCCCAGAACGUGAAGGCGGAAGAUGUGGCAUCCUCGCUCUCCUCCGACGGCGUCCUCACCAUCACCGCCCGCAAAUUGGCGAUAGAAGCAGGGAAGCCGAGCGAGCGGACGGUGCCUAUCUCGCAGAGUGGCAAGCCAGCCAUCGACCAUUGAUAGGCCAUCAUGUUUCUGCCUGGCGAUGUCCUUGCCCUUGUCCAUGGAAUCCGGUAACCAUGGCCGAGGUAUUUACUCAUUCUUUCUCAUGAAAAUCUCGGUGCUUUUCUCUCUUACCUCAUUGCCUCCCUUAUCUCUUUCAUCUCUUCUAAUGCCUGUGAUUCUCGCGAAUAAAUCUAAAAAAAUCUCAUUUCA